CUUGUGGUCACAUGACUCUCUGGCACACGCCUCCCUGUCUGUGCAGGUGACGCACUGAGGUUCAGUGUGUGAAGAUGGCUCCCUUUCCGGACGAGGUGGAUGUUUUUACUGGCCCACACUGGCGUAUGAAACAGCUGGUGGGCCUGUACUGCGAAAAGCUGUCAAAAACCAACUUCUCCAACAACAAUGAUUUCCGCUCCUUUCUGCAGUCACUGUGCGCCACCUUUAAGGAGUUUAAGAUGCAUGAACAGAUAGAGAAUGAGUGCAUCAUCGGCCUGUUGCAGCAGCGCUGCUGCACUGUGUACAAUGUGCACUCUGACAACAAACUCUCAGAGAUGUUGUCCCUCUUCGAAAAAGGCUUGCACAACGUUAAGAGUGAAUAUGAGCAGCUUAACUAUGCCCAGCAGCUGAAGGAGAGACUAGAAGCUUUCACACAGGACUUUCUGCCCCACAUGAAGGAAGAAGAAGAGGUUUUUCAGCCUAUGCUAAUGCAGUACUUCACCUACGAGGAGCUCAAGGACAUCAAGAAACAGGUGAUAGCACAACACUGCAGCCAACAGCAAUGGGACUGUGCCGCUGAGGUGCUGAAGGGCUUCAGUCUGUGGAGCCAGGCAGAGGAGCUGCAAAAAGCCUUUAAAUAUUCCGAUCAUGAGAAGACAGAUUAUGAACUGGAAAAGACCGGGAAUUCUUCAACCCACAUCUCCCAGCUUCCUACAGAAAUCAUGCUGAGGCUGUUCCACUAUUUGGGCCCUGAAGAUCUGUGUCGCUGUAGCCAAGUGUGCAGCUCUUGGUCAGAGCUGGCCAAAACUGGCUCUCUGUGGAGGCACCUGUACCCUGUGCACUGGGCCAGAGGUGAUUAUUACAGUGGCCCCCCUGCGGAUCUGGACCAGGACCCAGAUGAGGAGUGGGUAAAGAGUCGGCAGAAUGAGGGUCGGGCCUAUCAGGAAUGGGAUGAGGAUGCUGAUGUUGAUGAAUCUGAUGUGUCGGGCCAUACACAGGGCUCCCUGGCAAUUAGCACUGCUCAGCGAGAGAAGAGGCUUCUGAAUGGGAUUAUCCAGAACCUCCUGCCAGCUGUGGGUCCGUCUGUCAAGUCCAUUGUUCUGGCGUACAGUUCUACAGUCUCUAGUAAAAUGGUGCGCCAGAUCCUCAGUCUCUGCCCCAAUAUCACUCACCUGGACCUGACCCAGACUGAUGUUACAGAUUUUGCAUUUGACAGCUGGUCAUCUCUCGGAGCCUGUCUGUCUCUGGAGCACCUGGAUUUGUCGGGUUGUGAGAAGAUUACUGAUCACACCCUGAAGAAACUGUCCGUUGGGCUGGGUGACCUCACGUCUUCCACCUGCUUCGACAAACGCUCGGACCGACGGGCCAAGCUCCUUAAAAGUUCCCCGAUACCCAUCACGCUCAUGGAAGAGAGGAACCUGCACCCGUUGGGGCGGAAGCGGCAGGCCAUCAUUUUCAAGCAGGGGAGUGACCGUUGGGGCACUGCCCGCUCCCCCACGCAAGUGUGGGUCUUGGACACCUCAGACCUUGCUGAUAUUGAAGACGCAGCAGCGUGGAGCCGCCGUGAUGGGAUGCCUCAUCCUGAAGCAGAGAGCUUCGUAGAGACACAGCUUGGGGGAGGCUCGUGCUGCUGCAGGAGGAGCAGGAGGCGCGGGCACAGGACUGGCUCUAAUGCCUCCUAUUUGCAUCAGCAGUACGCCAUGUCUGGGGAAAUAUUUUGUGGUCACUCCACGUGUUGCACUAGUGACAUGGCCCUCAGGACUUUUACUGGGCCCCAGUGCGAGUCAGGUACCACCAGAAGCAGCACUGCAGAGUUUCGGACUAAAUGCUCCUCCUUUGGGGGCCUGCGGUGUCUGGGCCGUGAAAACAGGACUGACCGGUCAGAGGCAAAACGCUCACUGAGAUUUCUCAGUCUCUCUGGAUGUUAUCAAGUCACAGAUUUGGGCUUGAGAGCCCUGUCGCAGCGCGGUGGGCUUCCUGUCCUGGAGCAUCUCAAUUUGUCUGGCUGUCUCUUCAUCACUGAGGUGGGGCUGCAGGAACUGGUGUCAGCCUGUCCUUCCCUCAAUGAUGAGCACUUCUAUUACUGCGACAACAUAAACGGUCCUCACGCAGACACAGCCAGCGGCUGCCAGAACCUGCAGUGUGGUUUCAGAGCCUGCUGUCGCUCUGGAGAGUGAUCCUGCCAAGCAACGCUCUCCUACAAUGUCACGUCUCCUUUAUAUUGCACUUUAUCCUGGGAAUACCGGUUGCUGUAUUUUGUGACACUUAUAAAUGUUUCUGGAUGAAACUGUAAUUUGCUCCCGUUAUUUCCAUUUCCAUCUAUAUUAAAUGGAAAUAAUCCCUUAGAAAAGGAAAACAAAGGGGUGAUAAUGGAUUUGAAGUGUUUGAAAAUGUACAUUCUGGUUCCUUUUUUGGAUUUGAAAAAUUAAAAAACCUAGAGAAGCGUAAACACCAAGUACUUUGUGUUUUCUGUAGUUUAACCGUUUUUUUUUUCUCAAAAUAUACAGAUUUACAUAAGUAUUCUUCUCCCCCUGCUGUGUUAAGUUGAUCCAUUUAUAAUCAGCACAGUAGCAUCAAAGUGAUGUUUUACUUAACCAAGCGGUCGAUUUAUUGGAGAGGGUGAUGUGUGAAAUGAAACAGGAGUGAAUUAAUUGCUACCACCCCUUAGAUUGAUGCUGACUGUUUGUUGAUGGUUACUGGUCCGAAUGAUUUACAUAUAGUCCCACUGUACCAACCCCCCUCCCCCCACCUGCUAUCUAACCUUGAUGUUCAGCCCACUGUUGGUGCUGGUACAGCCACCGUGGGGUUACUGAGACGUCAGUAAAGGAUGUACAGACGUAGGCGUUGGUACAUGAUGUUGCAGAGUAGUCUUAAACAUUUUGUCGAACUUUGUGAAACCUGAUGUUCAUAGUCACCAAAACAAGUUUGCUUUUUAUUUUUUCUUGAUGCACUCCAUGUUGUCAGCGAGGAAAUGGACCAAUGUUCAUAUGAGAGGGAUUUAAUAUGGCCAACACUGGAGAGCUUUUAGAGAAGCUAAAUAAUAACCCUCAGAUUGGGAGAAGCUUACCGUGUACUUAGAUUGUACUUCAUCUUUAAUCAUUCUGCAGCAGGAUUUAUUUGCUUGUUCAAAAGUCUUGCAUGAGGAGUUCUAUUGGAAAUGUUCAAUUCAUAAAUAAAACAGUAUCUUGGGGUUA